CCGGAAGCGCUGAGGAGGAGGCCGGGCCGCGCGCCCACUCUGGGGUCCGGGUGUCGCUGAGCGCCCGUCCCGCCCCCUCGCCCCUGACGGUGAGAGUCGGGAGGCGGCAGCAUGAGCUGGUCACCUUCGCUGCCAACGCAGACCUGCGGGUCCUGGGAAAUGAAAGAGCGGCUGGGGACGGGGGGCUUUGGAAACGUCAUGCGCUGGCAUAACCAGGAAACAGGUGAGCAGAUUGCCAUCAAGCAGUGCCGGCAGGAGCUCAGCCCACGAAACCGGGAGCGCUGGUGCCUGGAGAUCCAGAUCAUGAGAAGGCUGAACCACCCCAAUGUGGUGGCUGCCCGGGAUGUCCCCGAGGGUAUGCAGAACUUGGCACCCAAUGACUUGCCCCUGUUGGCCAUGGAGUACUGCCAAGGAGGAGACCUCCGGAAGUACCUGAACCAGUUUGAGAAUUGCUGUGGCCUGCGGGAAGGAGCCAUCCUCACGCUGCUGAGUGACAUUGCAUCUGCACUUAGAUACCUUCAUGAAAACAGAAUCAUCCAUCGGGAUCUAAAACCAGAAAACAUCGUUCUGCAGCAAGGAGAGCAAAGAUUAAUACACAAAAUUAUUGACCUAGGAUAUGCCAAGGAACUGGAUCAGGGCAGUCUUUGUACUUCUUUUGUGGGGACCCUGCAGUACCUGGCCCCUGAGUUGCUGGAGCAGCAGAAGUACACAGUGACUGUGGACUACUGGAGCUUUGGCACCCUGGCCUUCGAGUGUAUCACUGGCUUCCGGCCUUUCCUCCCCAACUGGCAGCCGGUACAGUGGCAUUCAAAAGUCCGGCAGAAGAGUGAGGUAGACAUCGUUGUUAGUGAAGACUUAAAUGGAGUAGUGAAGUUCUCAAGUUCUUUACCUUACCCCAACAAUCUGAACAGUGUGCUGGCCGAGAGACUGGAAAAAUGGUUACAGUUGAUGCUUAUGUGGCACCCCCGGCAGAGGGGCACAGACCCCCAGUAUGGGUCCAAUGGCUGCUUCCGGGCCCUGGAUGACAUCUUAAACCUGAAGCUGGUUCAUAUCUUGAACAUGGUCACAGGCACCAUACACACCUACCCAGUAACAGAAAAUGAGAGUCUGCAGAGCUUGAAGGCCAGAAUCCAGGAGGACACAGGAAUCCCAGAGAAGGACCAGGAGCUGCUGCAAGAGGCAGGUCUGGCCUUGAUCCCCAACAAGCCUGCCACUCAGUGUAUUUCUGAUGGCAAACCAAACGAGGGCCGCACUUUGGACAUGGAUCUUGUCUUCCUCUUUGACAAUAGUAAAAUCACCUAUGAGACUCAGAUCUCCCCACGACCCCAACCUGAAAGUGUCAGUUGCAUCCUUCAGGAGCCGAAGAGGAAUCUCCCUUUCUUCCAGCUAAGGAAAGUGUGGGGCCAGGUUUGGCACAGCGUCCAGGCCCUGAAGGAGGACUGCAACCGGCUGCAGCAGGGACAGCGAGCUGCCAUGAUGAAUCUCCUCCGGAAUAACAGCUGCCUCUCCAAAAUGAAGAAUUCCAUGGCCUCCAUGUCUCAGCAGCUCAAGGCCAAGUUGGAUUUCUUUAAAACCAGCAUCCAGAUCGACCUGGAGAAGUAUAGUGAGCAGACUGAGUUCGGGAUCACAUCAGAUAAACUGCUACUGGCCUGGAAGGAAAUGGAACAGAAAGUGGAGUUGUGUGGGCGGGAGAACGAGGUGAAGUGUCUGGUGGAGCGGAUGAUGGCCCUUCAGACUGACAUCGUGGACUUGCAGAGGAGCCCGAUGGGGCGCAAGCAGGGCGGCACACUGGAUGACCUAGAGGAGCAAGCAAGAGAGCUGUACAGGAGACUAAGGGAAAAACCAAGAGACCAGCGAAUAGAUGGUGACAGUCAGGAAAUGGUGCGGUUGCUACUUCAGGCCAUUCAAGGCUUUGAGAAAAAAGUGCGAGUGAUUUACACACAGCUGAGUAAAACUGUGGUUUGCAAGCAGAAGGCCCUGGAGUUGCUGCCCAAGGUGGAAGAGGUGGUGAGUCUGAUGAAUGAGGAUGAGAAGACUGUCGUCCAGCUCCAGGAGAAGCGGCAGAAGGAGCUCUGGAACCUUUUGAAGAUCGCGUGUAGCAAGGUCCGUGGUCCUGUCAGCGGAAGCCCAGACAGCAUGAAUGUGUCUCGACUCAGCCACUCUGGUCAGCUGAUGUCCCAGCCUUCUACUGCCUCCAACAGCUUACCUGAGCCAGCCAAGAAAAGUGAAGAGCUCGUGGCUGAAGCGCAUUCCCUGUGCUCCAGGCUGGAAAGCGCCAUGCAGGACACCGUGAAGGAGCAGGACCAGAGCCUCAUGGCUCUGGACUGGAGCUGGUUACACACAGAGGACGAGGAACAGAGUGCUGUGGAGCAAGCCUUGUGACUGGGGCUUCCACACUGGCCUGUGGCUCUCCCAGAGUGGUUCCUGCUGAAGCAAUGUCCCAGCGCUCUCCAGCACCCGGGUAGAGGUCUCACUUCCCUACAGCUGUGACCUUCUCCCAGGCCCAGAGCGCAGCCCUGUGCAGGUGGUUCUGGUGCUGUGUGUGUACACUGGAAAGCCUCUGUCACAGCCCUGUGUGCGUCAGUGCCAGUCACAAGUGAUCAGGGAAACAGAACUCCAUAGCCACUUUCUCUGCUGUGAAUAAAGACCCCUGAUAUGGUUUGCCACAAGGACUGCUGGACAGAAGUCUGCCUUGAAUGUUUCAGGACAGAGCUGAGAUGGCAGCUGGUGCCAGCCUGUCCUCGCCUAUCCCCUCCUUAACUCCAGAGAGGCCUUGACCUAUCUGCCUGUGGCCAGGGUUUCAUCUGGAUUCAGCUUCUGUUCAACAGAUGUUUUAAUCAUAGGUCUGGCCUGGCCACAUCCUUUCUUUGACUUUUCACUUAACUGCUGCUAAAGUUUUAUUUUUACCUACUACGUUGGUGGUCAUCCCCUUUCAGCAGGGUUGUACAGUGAUGCCAACUUGCUGCUGUCUGCAUCCAUUCAGCCAGACUGAGUCACUAGAGCCAGCAUCGAGUCAACCUGGGAGUCAGUUUUCAUGCAGAAGGAAGGAAGCAAAGUGCCUCUCAGCCACCAGCCUGCUGUCACUGCCCACCUCUGCCUAAUCAAACACCUCUGUCUGCCUGCAGUCAGUGGGGUGUUCUUGCCUUUCAUGUCAUUCAGCAGUAUUAUUAAAUUGGCUGGUUUUACAGAUA